AUGGCCAAGGCUCCGCCGACCACAUGUACAGGUAACUACUCAUCUUGCAUGGGGAUUCCUUGCAUCCACCAAGUCCACAACACCAAACGCAAGGCGGAAAAGUUCACCGCAAAUGAUUUCCAUGCUCAGGGGCAUGUCAAGAGUGAUCUAGCUGUGCAACUUAGUGAAAACCCAGAUACCACGGAGGCCCCACAGAAGAACCAUGAAGAUGCUUUCCUCAGCGACGUCUUUCAAAAGUUCCAAUCCCUUCAACCUGGCGAACAACACUUCAUGCUUGGGGAAAUUCAUAAACUGAUUGAUGGAACACAUGCGACCAUUCCACUUGAGGAACCCAAGUUUGAUAAGAACCAUCGAUUCAAGAGCCAACCCAAAGGCUCCAAACGGAAACACAAAUCAAAGUCUUCAACCAAGAGGGACCCAUCUGUAUUUCAGUACGUCGAGGGGCAGAAUAAGAAACAAGGCAGGCCAAAGAAGGCGGCCAAAUUGGACGAGGGGCCCAAGCGCAAACCUGGGCAACCAAGGAAGAAACAGGCCGAAAAGGAUGACACAGAUGAGUCAGAGGCCAUGGAAACAGACAAAGAGAGUGAGGAUGAUGCUUCAGAUGGAAUUGGAGCCCUAUGUGAAAAUAUAUUCACCAAGGAGGAGCAUUCGAAAGAAGAACCUACGCUUGAGACAUGGCAGAUACGGGCAGAUACUGUAUCUGUGGCAGCGUUGGAAGAACCCAAUCCCCCAACUGUCAAGAAGCCCUUGCAAAUUAGGCCAAUCAAAGCGGUCAACCAACAACCAGAAGUUCAGAACCCAUCACUGAAGUGGACAAACCUGAAAAAACUCCUUUGA